AUGCAAUAUAUUGUGAUUCUACAUGCCUGGUUGAUCCUGUGCGUUUUAUCAGGGCUGGUUUUCAGCCAGCGGAGAUGCCGCAAUCCGAAUAAUAAAGAAGGUUUGUGCCUUCAAUUCCAAUACUGUCCAUUCGUUCAACAUAUCUAUAAAUUGUACCCCGACGACAUGCCUAAAUACAUUGUAAAUCAGCUGAGACAGAUGUUCAUGCAGUGCCCUGCCACUACGAAUCAUAUUUGUUGCCCAGUCCAGGCACCCUUCCAAAGAAUCGAAGUACGAAUGCGAAUGGAGGACAGUAGACUGGACUACUAUGACCGGCGGGGUCUUAAGCUUCUGCAGUCGGUCAAAGACUGCGGCAACAACAGCAUACCAUCGAGCAAGAUCAGCGGAGGAAGUAAAGCCAGGCCCGGCGAUUUUCCCUGGAUGGCGUUGAUCAAGUACGACAAGGACCCAAACGGAGAGGUUCGCUGCGGCGGCAGCCUCAUCAGCAAAUGGCACAUCCUGACCGCCGCCCACUGCAUCCAAAAUCGUCCUCAAGUUACUGCAGUGCGUUUGGGAGAGCACAAUUUAGAUACGGAGGAGGACUGCCAGCUUUUGGGGGUAAGGCUUUACUGCAUUCCACCCUACGAGGAGUACGGUGUUCGGAGUAUAGCCGUGCAUCCCUAUUACGUUCAUGGCAGGAUCCACUACGACAUAGCCAUCAUCAAGCUGAACCGAGAGGUGGAGCUAAAAAGGCACAUUAACCCAGUAUGCCUGCCGAUCAAUCAGCCGUCACAAAUUCUAACCUACGACCAGAGUUUCUUCGUCGUUGGAUGGGGUAAAACGGACAAAACGGAUGCCCCCACCACGCUUCAGGAAGCCCUGAUAACCCGGACGAAUCUAGACGAGUGCCGAAAGUUUUACAUAAAUAGCGAGGUGAAUGACGAUCUCAUUUGCGCCACGGGGAAAGAACUUAAGCACACCUGCAAGGGAGACUCCGGAGGUCCGGUAUUCUUUAAGCACCCCUUCGGGAAUACCCAUCGCUAUGUCCAGUAUGGCGUAGUCUCCUUAGGCGGAAACCAAUACGGCGUGACCAAGAGACAGCCUGGGAUCUUUACUAGCGUCAUCGCCAUGUUGCCGUGGAUUACACAGCAACUCCAGUAG